AGCGCCUGGAAGAUGGCAAGUAAAGCCAGCGGUGAAAACAGGGAACCAAUGAAUGAGCAAGCCAUUGCCAGUAUAUAUGCUACAAUGCGCUCGGAGAUAAACCAGCUAUACUCAAAGAUCACUGAAUUGGAGAUGGAGGUCGGCGAACACUCCCUCGUAAUCGGAGCAAUACAGCCACUUGAUCCCUCCAGGCGUUGCUUCCGCAUGAUCGGCGGGGUGCUUGUUGAAAGGACCGUGAAGGAGGUUUUACCUGCGGUUCUACGCAACAAGGAGGGCUUGCAGGAGGUGAUUGCACGGCUCUAUGAGGCUUUGGAAAAGAAGAAGAAGGAAGUUGCUGAGUUUGAGGUGAAGCAUAAGAUAAAGAUUAGAAAAUCAGACAGUGAGACUAAAGAUGAUGGCGGCCGGAAGGAAGGGUCUGCGCAGGGUGUGCUUGUAGGUCCUGCAAGCUAGCAAGGUUGGUUUUCAUCUUUCCCAUGGUUGUGAUUUUGCUAUGAGUUUUGGAUUAGCUCAAGCUUCUAGAACCAUUGCAGUAAUAACUUUGUUAUAUUUUGGUCAGUUAAGCUUUUAUUUCUGAACAUGCUCAUUUCAUUUUCUUAUACUCCAAUCUGUCAUACUAA